GGAUUGACUUCCACUCUUCCCAAACCACCCCCAUUUGCUCCAUAAAAGGACUUGGUAGCCAUAGCCCUUGUAAUUAACAAUACAAGAAAGGUUUCCAAUUCCAGUUUAGUAUAGCAGCCAUGAACUCAAAGCAGUUUCUCAUUCAUCUCAUCUCAAUAUUGUUAAGUAUUGCUUUUGCAGCCAAGGCAACAAUAGCAGUAGAAUCACAACCAAUAUCCUUGCCUGGCUGCCCGGGCCACUGUGGUGAAGUGGAAGUUCCAUACCCUUUUGGCAUAACCCAAGAUUGUUCCCUUCCAGUAAGUAGCAAAUUUUACCUCAAUUGCACACAAUCUUCCCUCUUUCUUAAUUCAAGUAACAUUCAAAUUACAAACAUAACCCUGGACGGUGAGUUAAGCAUCAAAACCUUCAUAGGCCGAGCUUGUUAUGCGAAGAAUGGCGUAGGAGAAGCCAACAGACCCUGGCUCUCGCUCGCAAAUUAUAAAGUUUCUUCUGAUAGAAACAAGUUCACAGUGGUGGGCUGUAACACUUUUGGAGGCAUUGAAGGUUAUAGAGGCAAAACACAGUACAAUACUGGUUGUGUUUCUACAUGCGAUGACAUGGACUUUGACAGUUUUACUAGCAAUAAUCAGUCUUGCUCAGGCGUUGGGUGUUGCCAGAUUCCCAUCCCCAAUGGAAUUAGGAAUAUAACGGUCUACGUAGACAGAUACAUAAAAGACCGCCCUUUCGGGAAUGACUCUAAACCAUGCAGCUAUGCUUUCGUGGUUGAACAAGGAAAGUUCAAGUUCUCCAAAAACAGUUUUAAAGAAUUGAAUGGCACAGAAAAGCUUCCGCUUGUUUUAAAUUGGAAGAUUGGGAACGAGAGCUGUGAUGAAGCGAAGAAGAGAGACAACUUCGCAUGCAAAGGGAAUGCCACGUGUGUAGGCGCCAACGAUUCUCCUGGUUACCUCUGCCAGUGUUUGCCUGGUUAUGAAGGGAACCCAUACCACCCAGAUGGUUGCCAAGAUAUUGAUGAAUGCAAAAGUAAAAGCCGCUGCGAUAAAAAUAGUAGAUGCAAGAAUUUACCAGGGGAUUGGGCUUGCGUUUGUCGAGAAGGAUACUACAACACAAACAAAACGGAUUGCAGCAAAUCAGUCAGUAACAAUCAGCCUGUUAAAUUAGUUCUCCCCAUUUGUAUUGCAGUGGGUGUAAGCAUAUCACUGUUGAUUGCUAUUUUACUAGUAUAUUGGGGAAUGAAGAAAAGAAAGAUGCUCAAACUGAAAGAGAAGUUCUUCGAACAAAAUGGAGGAUUAAUGUUACAGCAACAUUUGUCAAGUGGCAGCCAAUCUCAAGAGACCACAAAAAUCUUUAGUGCAGAAGAGUUAAAAAGAGCCACAGACAAUUUCCAUGAAAGUAGAGUUCUGGGUGAAGGAGGUUAUGGAAUAGUGUAUAAAGGGAUAUUACCUGAUAACAAGGUGGUUGCCAUUAAGAAGUCCAAAUUCGGUGCUGAAAAAUGUAACGAACAAUUCAUCAAUGAGGUAAUUUUGCUUUUGCAAAUAAACCAUAGAAAUGUGGUUAAGCUCUUAGGUUGUUGUUUGGAGACAGUAGUUCCUUUACUAGUUUAUGAGUACAUAGAUAAUGGGACUCUUUUCGAACAUAUCCACAACAAAGGCCAAGGAAGAUCACCACUUUCAUGGGAGUUGAGAUUGAAGAUAGCAACCGAAGCUGCAAGCGCAUUAGCAUAUCUCCACUCUGCAACUUCUACGCCUAUUAUACACAGAGAUGUCAAAACUGGAAAUAUACUCCUCGACAAAAAGUACACAGCAAAAGUUUCAGACUUUGGAGCAUCAAGGUUGAUUCCUCUGGAUCAAAAUCUCCUUACAACCGUUGUACAAGGAACAUUUGGGUACUUAGAUCCGGAGUACAUGCAUUCAAGCCAUCUAACAGAAAAAAGUGAUGUCUAUAGCUUUGGAGUUGUUCUGGCGGAGCUGCUAACCGGCAGGAAGGUGAUGUCAUUUGAUAGACCUGAAAAUGAAAGAAACCUGGCAUCGUUCUUUGUUUCUUCAAUGAAAGAGGAUAGGUUAUUAGAGAUUCUUGACAAUGACAUAAUCACUGAGGGAAAUACAGUGGCAUUCAAGAACAUUGCCAGUCUUACAAAAAGAUGUUUAGGAAUAAAAAGUGAUGAAAGACCUAGCAUGAAGGAAGUAGCAAUGGAACUAGAAGGGCAGAGAGCUAUGGCAAUGCAGCAAUUGGAACAAGGUGUUCAUAUGGUUUCACAAAAAACUGAAAACUUGCAUACCAAGGAACCCUCUGACCCCUAUGCUAUCGAUAUUAGUGGACCAUUGAGUUCCCAGUAGAUGAUCAUAGUUAAUUAUGCAGACUAGCCAAGGACGCUUUUUCUGAGAAAAGGAGCUAAGCGGUCUAGCAGAGCUGGCAACACUUUUUUCCUCAGUUGACACGUGGCAAAAGUCGAGUGGCUUAGCACUAGUGGUUGUUACUAUAUUUGGAAUUUAGUUACUUUGUUAGAAGUGCUUUGAGUGGGUAUUGAAACCGAGUCAGUUCUGCAGCUUUAUAUUUUCAAACUUGUGUCUCUCUUUAAUCAGUUUGCAAAUGAUUUCAAAGUGUGAUUGUUUUGUUUU